UUUUUUUUUGAAUAAUUUAUAGACUACAUGCAGUAAGUAUUAUACAUAAUUGUGUUGGUGGCGAACACUUGGAGCAGGGAGAUAUACUCUAGUCUCCCUGACUUGGAGUAUUUAUUUGCGGUUAUGAUACGAUACGCCCCCAACUAUGUGAAGUUCGAAACUUGUCUUCGGCCCAGUAACUCAAUUCGCCAACAUUGAAACACGCUAACGCCAUUGAGCACGUUUGCUCUGUUGGUAUCCCCGAUACUUCUCGAUAGAAACAGAACUUCAGCGGGUGUAUUGUUGAAGGAGGUUGAAUUAGAGAUUUCAAUUAUUAUACAAUUUAUACAAACAAGUACUAUACAAUGGUUGACCAAAAGAAUCAUGCAGAGUUAACGGAUGCUGAAGCCGAGUUGUAUGACAGGCAAAUUCGUUUAUGGGGACUGGAGUCUCAGAAACGACUGCGAGCAGCGAGCAUUCUUUUGGUAGGAUUGAAUGGCUAUGGCGCAGAGGUAGCAAAAAAUAUUAUUCUUGCCGGAGUAAAAUUAGUUACGUUUUUGGAUCACCGACCAGUAAGUUCCCGAGAUGCAUGCUCUCAAUUCUUUGUGCCUAGAGAUCAAAUUGACAAAAAUAGAGCUGAGGCAUCCUUACAAAAAGCACAAAAUUUAAACCCAAUGGUUCAAGUGAUUGCUGAUCCAUCUAAUGUGGAUGAUAAACCCGAUGAGUAUUUUAAAGAUUUUGAUGUCAUUUGUUUAUCUGAAUGCACUAUUGAACAGAUUAAGAGAAUCAAUGCAAUUUGCCGUAAAUAUAACAAGAAGUUCUUUGCUGGUGAUGUUUGGGGAACAUUUGGAUUUACAUUUGCAGAUUUAAUAACACACGAGUUCGCUGAGGAUGUAAUACAAACAAAGAAAACUCGAAUGCUGGAAGCUGGUGAACCUAUUGCAAAGGAAAAAUUUGAAAAAGUUACGGUCACUAUAAAAAGUUUUGAAAAGUAUGCUCCCUUUGAAAAAGUCUUGGAUGCUCAAAAUUUGCCAAAGGAUUCAGAGGCGUACUAUUUAAUGCUUAUCCUAUUAAACUUCCGCGAAAAGCACAAGAGAGAUCCUCUGCCAAGUGAGAGAAGUACCAAUAUAUUGAACGAUGAAGCAAAGGCAAUCAUUGAAAAAUAUAAUCUUGGGGAUAAAAUGGAUCAUUUACUAAAUGGAGAUCUGUAUGCUCAAAUCAGUCCUGUUUGUGCUAUCGUGGGUGGAGUCAUGGGCCAAGAAAUCAUUAAAACGGUUUCUCAAAAAGAGCGACCCCAUAAUAAUUUAUUCAUCUUCAAUCCAAACACUCUGUGUGGUCAAGUUUUACGAUUAUCUUAAUCGCACAUGUAGACCAAGUUAACUCUUUAAAUACAAUAAUUAUAUUUUUGAAAAGACUCCGUGAUAAUUUAGAUUUUAAUUUCAUACGUAAAAUUAAUAGUUGUGUUUAUUAUAAAAUGUUUUAUUUAUCAAUAUUAUUUUAAUCCGCAAUUGCAAUUUAUCCAAACAAGUAAUUUAAAUCUUUUAGUUUGAUUUCCGGUAAUUUGGAUGACAGGAGUCCUGUAAUUAUAAAUGUUCGGAAAAAACGUUGUAAUUUAAUUUCAAAGUAACUGAAUUAUUGCAAAAAAAGUAUUUUUGUAUCUCAUUUUCAAACGUACAUAGUUUUUUCUAUUUUCGCGCAAUAAUAUAAUAUGCUGACUAUUCGAUUUUAGUUAUUUAUGGAAAGUAUUAAAAACGAAGAUAUUGUUUGUAAGUGUAACAGUUGUAUGUGGGAUUAUCCUUUUAAUAAAUUUUGUAUGAAAUAA